CAGUGACCAACACAGACCCACCCGACCCACUCCCGUCUUUCUCGGGCACACCAAACUCCAUAAGCCCUUUUGUUUUGUUCCUCUAAAUUCUCUUUCUGCUUAGUCUCUACCCUCUUGAUUGCUUUUGUUAGAGAGAAAAAGAGCAAUGGCAAUGGUGAAGUCUCCCAAUAAGCAAGUGAACCUCUUCUACUCCCUUGACUGCGAGGACCUUGCCCACAACGUUGCUCUUCAAUCACCCAACAUCAUUCUCCAGAAUAUCAAAUGGAGGUCAUUUGCUGAUGGAUUUCCAAAUAUAUAUAUAAAUAAUGCAGAAGAACUCCGAGGUCAACAUGUUGCUUUCUUGGCAUCUUUCAGCUCCCCUGCACAUGUCUUUGAACAACUUUCUGUCAUAUAUGCACUCCCUCGUUUAUUUGUUGCUUCCUUCACAUUGGUAUUGCCUUUCUUUCCCACUGGAUCCUUUGAGCGAAUGGAGGAAGAAGGAGAUGUAGCAACUGCCUUCACCCUUGCUAGGAUGUUGUCAAAUAUUCCAAUUUCUAGAGGUGGCCCAACUAGUUUAGUCAUAUAUGACAUUCAUGCCUUGCAGGAGAGGUUUUAUUUUGGAGAUGAAGUCUUGCCCUUGUUUGAGACCGGUAUUCCUCUCUUAAAGCAACGUCUGAGUCAGCUUCCUGACGCUGAUAAUGUAGUUAUUGCAUUUCCAGAUGACGGUGCAUGGAAGCGAUUCCACAAGCAGUUUGAUCAUUUUUCACUGGUUGUAUGUACUAAGGUUCGUGAAGGUGACAAGAGGAUAGUUCGGCUCAAGGAAGGCAACGUCUCUGGUCAUCAUGUAGUCAUUGUUGAUGAUUUGGUCCAAUCUGGAGGCACCCUGAUUGAGUGUCAGAAAGUUUUGGCAGCCAAUGGUGCAGCAAAGGUGAGUGCCUAUGUCACCCAUGGCGUGUUCCCUAACCAAUCAUGGGAGCGAUUCACUCAUAAAAAAGACACCUUGGAGAAUGCAUUUGCCUACUUCUGGAUCACAGAUUCUUGCCCUCUUACUGUCAAAGCUAUAGCAAAUAAAGCUCCUUUUGAAGUGCUGAGUCUAGCCGGGUCUAUUGCUAAUGCUCUACAAAUUUGAAAGCAAAAAUUAUUCAAGGGGAAAGCAUUGAACUUUGUGUUAAAAGGGAUACUCAACUACAAUUUUUAGCACAUGAAACCUGCUAAUUUAAUUUGUCUUGUUCUGGACUGGACUGUGACCUGAUUGAGUCUCAACUCUGGUACAAGACCUUUGAAUGCAAAUCAUCUAAUCUUACCUUAACAUUACUCAUCAUCAAGCAUCGGAAUUUGUAGUCAUUGUCGCAUGCUUGAAAAUAUGUCCGACUAAAGAAUCUUUGUAGAAAUGGCAGUUCUUCAAAGAUC